GGAGGAGCCAGACUCCGCUCGUGUUCGAUGUAUGACUCACUAUAUUAUAGACAGCAUUUUCAACCAGUAAACAUUGGACGGAUUGAAAUUAACGGAUCUCCGCAUCGCGUAUCGACACAGCAAAUGUUUCAUUCUAGUUGUAAGCUUUUAGAUAGAAGGUUAUAACCGCAGGCCGGCCGGCGACUGGGGCGAGGCUUAUUGCCACACGCCGCCGUCUCUCUCUGUCCUCCGGUUAAAUCCAUGGAGCGCUGUGUGCUCAGCUAGCAUCCAACUGAUGCUGCCUUCGUCUAGUCUGCCUGCGACGCGCUUUGGAAGCCCUCAGGUGAUUCUUUCUAUCCUCUUCCUUGUACCCCAGCAGCAGUCAUGGACUCUUUUCAAGUGACGCUGACUGUGAGAGGAGCGACAUCUGUCGGUGAAGUGAUCGCAGUAGUUGGAAGCUGUGAGACUCUUGGCAGCUGGUGCCAUCAGAAAGCACUACCUCUUCAACCUGCAGAGGAAGAUGGCAAUCUAUGGAAAAGGACCAUCACAGUUUCAAAGGGAGUUGCAGUCAGCUAUCGCUAUUUUAAGGGGUUCUUCCUGGAAUCAAAGAAUGCAAGUGGUCCAUGUCAAGUCAUAGUCAAUAAUUGGGAGACCCAUCAGCAGCCUCGGUCAUUGAGUUCCUCAGAAUCGGACCAUGAAAUUGACGACGGCCAGUUUGGAUUCUGUAAUGGUGCUGAAUACGUGGACUCUGGCUGGUUGACAUGUCAGACAGAGAUCCGCCUACGUCUCCAUCACUCUGUUAAGCCGCCAGUGUCCAUUACCAAGAAAAAAUACAAGACAUCUCGCUUUAGACUGAAAUUAAUGGUGGAGGGAACUGAAGAGGAGGAGGAUGACGAGAGCCCUUCAUGCUGGCACAAGAUGGCUAACACACUAGAGAUUAGUAUGAUCAGUGAUUGUGGCUAUAAGUCCCGUCACUCACAACCAGAGUGUGGCUAUGCCCUGGAGGCACCAACUUGGACUGAGUACAGUAUUCACACUAUGGAACCUGACAACCUUGAGCUUGUGUUUGAGUUUUUUGAGGAGGACCUAAGUGAAAAAGUCGUUCAGAGUGACGUCCACCCAGGUCAGGUCGGCACCGCCUGCCUCUUAUCUUCUACCUUUCAGGAAAGUGGCAAGGAUAAUGGAGUGGUUACACUCCCAAUAAUGGGCAGAAAUUCCAGGCAGACUAUUGGAAAAGUCAGAGUGGACUACCUGGUUAUUCGGCCUAUUCGAGGUUUUAAGUGUGACAUGAGCCAGUGCUACACUAAGUACUGGAGAAAACGGAGUGCUUUGGAUGUGGGCCACAGAGGAGCAGGGAGCACACAUGCUGCCAAACAUCACAAGAUCAGGGAAAAUACAAUUGCCUCAUUUCUAAGUGCUGCUAAUCAUGGUGCUGCCUAUGUGGAGUUUGAUGUCCAUCUGUCUAAGGACUUGGUUCCAAUCGUGUACCAUGAUCUUACUUGCUGUAUUUCCACUAAGAAGAAAAAUGACAAGAAUUCAAUGGUGUUGGUUGAAGUUCCUGUGAAAGAUUUGACAUUUGACCAGCUUCAGCUUCUUAAACUUGCCCACUCUACAGCUUUGAAGGUGCAUGAUCACAAAGAUUUACAGGAUGAGGAGGAGUAUAUAGAUGAACAUCAGCCAUUUCCUUCACUUCAUCAGCUCUUUCACACAGUCCCAGACAAUGUAGGCUUUAAUAUUGAGCUGAAGUGGAUAUCCCAGAUGAAGGAUGGCACCUGGGAUGGAAACCUGUCCAGUUAUUUUAACAUGAACCAGUUCCUGGAUAUCAUCCUUACCUGUGUGUUGCAGAAUGCUGGAAAGAGAAGGAUUGUCUUCUCUUGUUUUGAUCCUGAUGUGUGUGCAAUGGUGCGGAGAAAGCAGAACAAAUAUCCCGUCCUUUUCCUGACUCAGGGUGUGUCAGAGGUCUACCCUCAGCUGAUGGAUAUACGCUGUCAGACCACGCAGAUUGCCAUGAGCUUUGCUCAGAGUGAGAAUAUCCUGGGUAUCAGUGCUCACACCGAGGAUCUGUUGCGCAACAUGGACUGCAUUACAGAGGCCCAGUCUAAAGGACUGGUGGUCUUCUGCUGGGGAGAUGACAACAAUGUCCAUGAGAACAGGAAAAUGCUCAGGGAGAAAGGCAUCAAUGGACUCAUUUAUGACAGAAUCUGUGAGGAUAACAUCGAGCAGUCCAACAUCUUUAAAGUAGAAGAGAAAGUGUCUAUAAAGGAGGUGAUUCCUGAAAAGACGCUGAAGAAUUGUCAAUGCUCCAUGUAUAGUAUUUCCUGCUCAACUGUGUGUUGCUCCGGCGAGGUUCGAUCAGGUAGCGGCGAGUCAGACUCAGGCCUCAGCUCGUCUUAAAUUUCUCCAGCCUUUUUAUAGCACAGUAAAAAUCACUCACACACAUUUCUCCCUGGGUGCUUUCAUCUAAGCAAUGUUUUCGCCAAAUGAUGACUGAUUAUACUGGUAGAUGCUUGAGCUCUAGCUAAAAAUGUAAUUAAAGAAAAGACUAUACUUUAAGUGUCCACAUUGGCAUUCCUGAUGUAUUUACUUAGUUUAUUGUACAUCAUUUUUGUAUGGACUGAGUAGCAUUGCCUUGUGUGUAUAUAUAAUUUUUUUUUUUUCUUCAGUGUAAUACCAAAUCACAGUAAUUGUUGCCAUUGUUGUAAGCUUCUUCAAUCCGCUCUGUAUUUUAUACAUAUUUAACAUUGUUUACUAGGCUGAGUAUUAUAACAUCAUAAACUUAAACUAUAAACUGCAGAGUAAAACAUUUUAUAUAGUGGACACUACUUCCAAUUGUUACAUUUAAGACGCCAUAUUGAAGCCAGUUCACUUUCACUGCUGGUCUCAAGCCCAGAUAAAUGUGUUGCGUCAGGAAGGAAAUCCAGUGUUUUGAAGAAAAAAAACGCUGUGCCAAAUCAAAUAUGCGGAUCAUAAGGAUGAUUUCUAUGUUGACCUUUUUUGCAGGGAGCUGGCAAAGUAAGAUUAUCAUCAUUCUGUAUAAUGUAUCUAAUUAAAACGGUCCUAUCAGCUGUUUUAUUAACUAAUCAAAGUCAUUUGAAUCUUACCCAGGAUAUUUAGAAAAUUUCAAGUAAAAAUAUAAAAACCUGAAAACUGCUGAACAUGUUCUUGCACAAAACAUAUAAAUGAGCAGAAGUUCAGUACAAAGCCUAAUGUUUAAGUGUUCCAUAGACUGAAAGUAAUCUCUGGGCUGCAGUGCAGUUUGAUCUAAACACUGCUGCUGUAAAUCUCUUUCUGCUGAAAUUUAGCAUGUUUGUGUCUCUGUGUUGGAAGUGUUCUUUUCAAGUAGGGGCCUUAAUGAUUGUCCCACUUUGCAAAGCAAUUUGGCAUGCUUCAGGUGUCUUAAACCUGCUCUACAGAGCAUCGGGACCCCUUGAAAUCACUGAUACAACAUAAAUAAAGUUAUUUAUUAAAUGUUA